UUCCGCUUCCGCCUGGCUGAGGGGGAAGAGGAGCGGCUGGGGUUGCUCGCGGAGGGCUCGGUCGAGGCGUCGCCAGGAAAAUGUCAGCUGCUGACGAAUUCUCGCUGGCGGAUGCUCUACCCGAUAACUCCACUGGCAAGAACGCCACCUUGGGCACCACGAAACCUGUCCAACAGCCUGGCCAGCCGCCACAAGCCUGGCCUGCUUCCAAUCCCUGGAGCAGCCCCCCAACUGCUCCACCCGCCGCCCCGUCCGGAUUACCUCCCAGCACGUCCGCCUCCACUGUGCCGUUUGGGCCGCCGCCAACCGGAAUGUAUCCUUCCCUGCCCCCUGGAGCUCCGACUCCUUUCCCCCCUCCUCCUCCUGGAUCCACUUGCCCCCCUCCUGGAGCUCCGUACCCACCCCCAGGGCCUGUCCCACCAGGACAGUAUCCUCCCCCCAACAUGCCCUUCCCAGAGCUUCCAAGGCCGUACGGAGGGCCAGCGGAGCCAGCAGCUCCCCCCGCUGCCGUGGGACCAUGGGGAUCCAUGCCUGCUGGAGGUUGGGGCCCCACGGUAGGGGGCCAGUAUCCCACUCCUAGUAUGCCAUAUCCACCCCCGGGGCCAUAUUCCACUCCUACCCAGACACCAGGGGCUGCACCCACAGUUCCAUGGGGAGCGGUCCCGCCAGGGCCGUGGGGGCCUUCGCCACCGGCCCCGUUCCCCCCACCCACUGGAUCCUACCCGGCUCCUGGACUGUACCCAACUCCACCCAACCCUUACCAAGUGCCACCUGCGCCUGCCGGGGCUCCGUCCAUGCCUGGUGGACCUCAUCCUUACCGCUGAGCUGGAGGUGGGCUAACGAAGUCUUCUCCGCCCGCACCCACUAUUUACGGACAUUUUAAAAGAAACAUUUGUUUGGUAACCUUUUUGGAGUCUCGAAGAACACGCUCACCUCCUGCCGUGGCCAUCGGAGGUGCGAAGGGGCACUCUGCGUCCGCCAAACUCUUCUGCUGGUGAAACAACCUUCUCAUCGGUCAAGGUGAACGGGGAUAAGCAAGCAAACUGCCCCAGCGCCGCUGUCCUUACUCAGCAAAGAAGCCCACCUUAGAGUUCCUUGGAAGCCGCUCGGUAAAUAAGGAGCAUUGUGGAAUUGAGCCCGGGUUUGUUUGUGUUUUUUGCUUCCCCCCCCCCUCCUGUCACCCUGACUGCUUUAUGUACUGAACUGUAUGGCGGUCACCAGACCUGACAGUCCGCCCUCCACGGCUGCGUUCAGCUUAUUCAAGUCAUUUCUAUGAAUCCAGCGUCUUUGGGAGGAGUUCCUGAAGAAGUGUGCUUGACACGCCGCAGUAAUUCAGCAAAUUAAAGAGAAGAAAAUAGAUGAAAUCACGGGAGGGGGAGGACACGCUUUGCAUCAUCCAGCUCCGUUUUUUACUAGUUGGGGUGGGAGGGGAAUUAUUAUGAAGAUGGAUUUGGGUGUUUGCUACCCGGUUGAGACAUACAGUAUAGUGCGAGGCAGACGGGGAGUCACAGAGGCGGUCAGAAUGUAUAAUUGAGAUGACCUCUCUCAACUGAGAUCAUGGUUUCCUUAAAGAUAAAUGGAUGUUUUUUUCUUCUGAAAUGGCCUGUUUUAAAUCUAGACUAACGUUCUCUGUGCUUUAAGCUUGACUGGUGAGCCCUGAAUUUUUAUUGCCUGUAAAUUGACGUUUGUAUUCAAAUGUAGAGGGGGUGAGGGUCCAGAAGCAUCCUUUCUUGCCGAGGAGCCCAGAACCUCACCAUAUUGCAGUCCUGUUGUGAAAAGUAGCCGUUGUCAUGUCAGAGUGCCACAAAAUGUGGAUUCUGUCUUCUUUUGACCUUGGUGAGUUCUGAACUUUGCAAAAUCUAAUCUGGCAUAAAUUGAGUGAGUAGAGAACACGAGGCUACCUUAUAUAGGAGGGGUCCCCAGCUCGGUGCCCGUGGGCGCCAUGGUUCCCACCAACACCUUUCCUGGCGGCCACUCAGUGUUUUUAGAAAGUGUGUAGGGCUACGGGGGCUUUUGCCCGGCAGGGCUUCUAAUUGGCCAUUGGAAAUCUGACGGGCUGUGCAGAUUUUUUAAAAAGCUGUUUUAGUAAGCGCUGCCACUACAGCUCAAGGAUCUUCAUUGCAUUGCUGUGUGCGGUUAUUUUAAAAGGCACCCUGGUAAACAGAGCUUCUCCCUGAAAUGUUGAAGAGUGACUGUUAGAGUUACGCAUAACCUCAAUCCUUGACAUGUUGUGGUUGGCGCCACCUGCUGCAGCAGCCCUUUUGUAGUUUCGCCCACCACCUGGUGUCCGAAUUCCAAAGGUGCCUGCAGGCUUGAAGGGGUUAGGGACUCUUUGUUAUACCAAACCAGACCUUUGGUCCAAGGUCAGCGUUGUCUUCACAGAUCGGUAGUGGCUCUCAGGGUCACAGGCUGAGGUCUUUCCCAUCACACACUGCCUGGUCCUUUUAAGCGGAGAGGCUGUGAAUUGAACUGGCAGCCUUUUGCAUGCCAAGCAGAGGUCCCGCUUCUGAGCCUCGGCCCCUUCCCCACCUAGAGAUCUCUCUGGGUUUGGCUUAUAGGGGAACCAUCAUUCUGUUGGAAUCUCCGGUCUGUUCUCAGGUGGCUUCAAUUUAACUGAGUCAAACAUGCAAGGCAAACCUUUGGGGGCCACUGCGGCACCCAACUGCUGCCUCGCCUGCAUGCCUUUUUUGCUCGCUUUCGAGUUCACUGGGAGGCUGAACUAAACACAUCCUUCGAUGGCAUUAAGAGCUAUACGUGUUCUCAGGAGAGGCGGCCUAGGUUAUUUUUCAGCCUUGCAAACGAGUCCACAGGUUAGUAGCCCAGUGCCAUGCGAACAGCCUGAAAAGUGAAGGGGGAAAACGAGAACAGAAUUGUUACUCUGUAAAGACACUUCAGUCUGGUUGCCUGGAGGAGAUUUGUAGUCGUCUGGGCAAGUGGCACCUUUAGGAAAUCCCUUUGCAGGGGGAAACCCCUGAGAAUAAACAUUCAUGUUUCUGGGAAUUAGUGGAUUAAUUUAAUUAGAAUGGCAGGGCCAGUAUGCCACAAACGUACCUUUCUUAGGAGCUGCAGAAGUUCUGGUUUGUAUAAAGCUUAGAAUGGCUCCAGGAAAUUACUCUUUAUAGUGGGACAGGGGAGGGAGAAUAAGCAUCCAGUGAACAAAGGACCUUUGGGCUUUGUUGGUUUUUGUGUAGGUUUUAAACAUGCUGUUGUGUGUCUGUUGCAUGCCGUUUGCACGUCUCCUGUCACAGUUGGGCCUCUCUUGUGGGGGGAGUAUUGCAUUUCCCCAGCAUUUUAAAAAACACAUUUUCAGGGGACCUGAGAAAUUGCCGUUCUUCCUGCCAGUUGCAGUCAUGCUAGCCAUGAAUGUGUUGAGGGGUGGUGUCUUGCAGGUGUCACAGAGAACACAACUCUUCUCUCUGAUCCCCCUCCCUCUAUACAAGAGGAGGUGCAAGACGAAUCUCUGGCUCCUGCUGUCUCUAAACCGUAUGGUUUAGUUUUCAGAUCAAAUUCCUUGGAAGCUGUGCUCUUCUUCCUCUGCUGGGAGACCAUGCAUAGGUCUACUGCCUGUUACCCCUUAUGUGGAAGCUAAAGUGUAAGACCAUAAGAACGGCACUGCUGGAUCAGAACAAAGGUCCGUGUAGCCCAGCAUCCUGUUUCUUGCAGUAGCUAGUCAGAUGACACAGAGAAGCCACCGACUCGGCCUACUUGCAACAGCCCUCCCAAUGCUGACAGCCCCUCAGCCUCUGCCAAGUGGGUGUUCUGCCUCUGUGCCUGGAAGCCCCCAUCCAGCCUUGACUAAUAGCCAGUGGCAGACCUCUCCUCCAUAAAGCUCCGCAACUCCCUGUUAAACCCAUGUAAGCUAAUGGCCAUCACUGCAUCUUGAGGCAGUGAGUACCACAAGUCAACUGCCCAUCGUGUGAACGAGCAGACAAUAAAAAGGGUCUGGUUGGAAUCAGCUGGCCAUCAGGUUCGUAGCGUGGCCCAGAGUUCUGGCUCUGGGGGAGAAGGAGAAAACAUCCUAUCCACUUCCACUGUGCCGGGCAUCGUUUUAUAAACACCAGUACCUUGUCCCUGCUCAGUUGCCAUUUUUUCCCUAAGCUAAAAAGCCCAAGACGUUUUAGCCUUGCCUUCGUAGAGCUCAAACCCCGGGAUAGUUUCACUUGCCCUUUUUUGCAUUUCCUCCAGCUCUUCAUUGUCCUUUUUGAGCUGUGGGGGCCAGAACUGCACGCAGUUACGUAGUCUAUAAUAGGAAAUACUUUUGUCAUGCGUUGACUGUAGAAAGGCCCUAAGAAUCACUCCAGGAUAAAUCCAAGCCACUUGGGCACGUAUUUGUCUAGUUGGUCCCAUUAGAUUGUUAGGCGGGCAGGAGGGGUAAGAGAGGGAGAGAGAAUGUAAAAGGAUGCAUCUUUUUCAGCUAACUUGGGCUGAUGUCAGUCUGUGCAAGCUUUUGAGAUUCAUGAUGCUUUCGUGGGGCAGAAGAGUUCUGUUAAAUCUGAAGUGUGGUAUACUCUAAGUCGGCCUAGUAGGAUACCCUUGUUAACUCUCUUUGUGUCUCCUAGUUAUAAAAAAUACUGCUUUUGUGGGUUCUAAAGAACACCGUACAUUUUGAGAAGGCUGCAGCGGAGUUCCUGCAGAAUCUCAUGGAAGAGGCCUGUCUUUUUAAAUGACAGUUGGCAGGCGUCCACAGCAUCAUCCGUGGACAGGCUGCCACAGAGGUGCUGGAAGUGGCAGGAAUAUUGGAAGCUUAAGGCGCUGCUGGCUGUUUGCUCACCAGCUCAUUCAAUAAGAGGCAAAACCAUCCUAAGCCCCAGAGGAGCUGCGUGGAGGCUGUAGCAUGCGCUAGGUGGCAUUCUUUGGGCCUCAGGCAUGGCAGACUUAGGGAAGCCACUGCUUUGUAUGUUGCAAAUAAGAUAUUUCACCAAGAGGUUUUAAUGCAGGGCUGCACGGACUCGGCAGUGCUGUGCCAAGAAAAGCCAGGGGUUUUUUUUACCUGUAUUUUUUCUAUUUUGGCAUAAAUCUGGAGUGGCUUGCCGUAAGCGUAGGCAGGCAGCUUUGAAGCCUCCCCGGCUCUUGCCGCUGCAAAUCUUGUCCCCCUGCCUCAGCGUCUGAAAAUUCUAGAGGUCUUGCAUGUGUGCUUAUUCUUUAAAACGGGUGAGAUUUCCAAGCCGGAUCUCGCACCCUGUACUUAGUCCUGAACCUUUUCUCUCAUGGAAUUGCUGCACACCCAACAUCUUGUCUACAGAGGCCUUUGUCCGUUAAGUGACUUGGGUCACACCUUUCGGAUACAGGAAACCCCCAGCAGGUUAACUGAGAACAGUCAUUUCCAUUUCUGUUCUGGCUGUCCAUUAAAGAUAACAGGAAGGACUACAGCUAGUUGAAAUAUAUAUUUAAUGUGCUUGGCGCUUCUUGGAAACUCUAUCCAAAAACACUUCAGAUAUGGAGCAGAUUUGUCAUUGGAAAACUGGGCUAAAAGGUCAGCUUUGGUACUGUUGUAUAUUGCCCCCUUGACAUCACGAGAACAACUUAAAUUUCCUUCCCCUUCCAACCUGGCCCUUUAGAGGCAAAAGGCUCCCGCCAUCUUUUUAAAAAAAGCGAGUUGUUGUUUAAUGCUGUGUAGUAAAACUCUUUGAACCUUCCGUCCUGCGGUGUGAGCAACUUUGGGCUCAGUGUUUGUUAUGCAAUGGACUGUGUGUUGUUCCUUGUGAGUAUAAAACUGCUGAGAAGUCGGGGGUUAUUUUUUGACUUGUGCUUCUGAGAUGGACAUUAGCUGCCUUUGUUUACAACAUGGAAAUUAAGCAAUCACACUUCUGAAGUAUAGACCGUGGGUGGUAUCUUGCUGCUCCGUGAACGGCGCUGCCUUCCUCCCCUUUGUGGAAGAUCCUCCUGCGCCGGAGGCAGGCGCCUUGCCCUGGAGGAAGGCGGCGCCAGAAACGGCACAGAGUGGCCGGAUGCGACUCCAUAUCACCUGCUGCUCUGAUUUUUUUUUUUGUUUCUUUUUAGAUGACAAAAUAUUUGCCGUAUGAUGGUAGUGAAGAGGCUUUAAAUACAGGAUUUGAUAUUUUUUUGAAAAUGCUGUCACUUUUUGUAUACAAUUAGACAUUAAACGUAUUUUCAAGAUGA